AAUCUGAUCGGAGACCAGCUGACCGUCAUCUGCAUCCUGCCUACCGGCAACGUGGCAAGAUCUAACAUUUCAAAGUUGCGCUUUUUUCUGCACAUGCAACCUACAGUCGAAGGCACGGUUUGUCAUGUUGUGCUGACGUAGACCAGAAGGUCAGUAUAGUUUUUGUUGCGAUUAUCCCGAGGAUGGACGUGAUUUCCUCUUUUACAGCGCCCUGGAACUGCAGCUGUCAAACUCUUCAGGGCGUGCUCCACUGUUUACCUUCAGAUCACUGAGAUACACAAUGCAAACACAACGGAGCUCAAGGAAUGUGCACUUAUGUGUGAUUUUUAAUCCGUUUAAUAUGUAAUUAUCCUAUGCAUAUAUAUGUGUGUGUAUAUAUUCCUCGCACUUGGAUUUACUCCGAUUUCACCUCCAGAGCACCGAGACAACAUUUUUUAUGAGUCACAGUAUUUUGUGAACUUUAUCCUCUUGUUAUCAGCUCAUGUUGUGAGUUUCCCAUGGAGUGAUGUGGCAUUUGUGGAUGUACUUUGACUGCGGCUGGGAUGUGUGAGCUACAUUUCCCAUUUUUUUUUUUACCGCAGGUGUUAAAGGGUCAUCAUGGAUCACAGAGGUCACUACUGGCUGGACUCAGGCCGUCAUUCCCACAGAACAAAAGACAGAGAGGGAUACACCAGCUACUCUCAGCAGGAAAGGGACCAGCUCUAUCCACCUCCGGACCUCAGAGAGAGGGACAGGCACUGGGGCCAUCCUGAUGCCCAUUACAAUGCUCAUUUCCCUCUGCCUAGACCUGACUUUUAUCCAUACACCAGUCAGCAGUAUCAGUAUGGGUAUGGACCUGAGCACCAAAGACCUCUGUCCAGGCAUGGUUAUGACUAUCCACCUUACAGCCACUGGGACUACAGAGACAGCUAUGGUUAUUAUGACUACUACAGAGGGCAGCAUGGACGACAAGAUGGUGGCCAGUGGGGUCCUCAAGAACCACGGAGAGCAGAUCGGUACCAUGACAGGGCACACAACCAAGAACAACUAGGAAGCGUGAACACUGAGGAGUACAGGUACAACCAGGUGAGAGACAGCUCUCAGCAUUACCUCAAUGACUCUGAGGACAAUCCCUCCAGAGACAAUGAAGAGAUUUCCUCUUUUUACCUUGGGACAUUAGAAAGCUCCAAAAACUCAGGGUUAUCUUCCAGCAGCUAUGAGCUGAGUCAGUACAUGAAUGGAGCCGAACACAGCGACGCUGCCCCUCAACCUGAUGGAGACCGAGCACAUGUGCAUCAGAUGCCAGCUCCUCUGAAGUACUCAAUCCCUCAUGCUGUUGUCAGUUUUGGGCCUGCGGGUCAACUGAUUCGGGUCACUACAGGCUUGUCAGCACAGGAGAAUGUCAGCCACCUGGAAAUCCACAGUCUGGAGGUUAUUCUAAGUGAGACACAGGAGCAGCAGGAAAUGAGAAGCUUCCCAGGGCCUUUAACCAGGGAGGAUUUGCACAAAGUGGAUGCUAUAGAGUUUGCCCACCAGAUGGCAGGCGCCUGCAUGAGAGACAGCAAACUGCAAGAUAAAAGCUCUGCUGCCCUUUUGUGGAAUAUUCUGAUAUUGCUCUGCAGACAGAAUGGACAAAUAGUCGGGUCAGAUAUCGCAGAGCUGCUGAUGCAGGACUCGCAUUCAGAUGGAAGCUGCCCAUCAGAUGCCCCCACGCUUAUUGACUUCAAUGAGGAUACAACUGCUGGAGCACCACCUUGCAAAGGAGACGACCUGCUCACAGGAAACUGGAGCAGCUUUAGUUCAGAGAACUCUGAGAAAGGCCUGCAGACCUACACUCAACUACUGCUGGCUGGAAGAAAGAAGGAGGCCCUGGAGUCGGCUAUGACCAGUGGCCUGUGGGGACAUGCACUUUUUCUGGCCAGCAAAAUGGACAACAGGUCCUAUAUGACUGUACUGAACAGGUUUACAGGCCAGCUAACGCCCAGUGAUCCCCUCCAGACUCUCUUCCAGCUGCUCUCUGGGAGAAUUCCUGCUGCAGCCACGUGCUGUGGAAAUGAAAAAUGGGGAGACUGGAGGCCCCAUCUGGCUGUUAUGCUCUCCAAUGAGACAGGAGAUCCAGCCAUCCAACAGAAGGCCAUCGUCACCAUGGGAGAUACACUCGCCUCCAGAGGCCUCAUACAUGCUGCCCAUGUGUGCUACUUGACAGCCAGUGUUCCCUUCGGGGUGUUUACACAGAAGGCUGAGAGACUGGUACUUCUAGGCAGCAGCCACAGGAAAUUGUUUGAGUGCUUUGCCACAAACACUGCCAUCCAGUGCACUGAACUAUAUGAAUAUUGCCAGACUCUAGGGAACAAAAACUUUUCAAUACCCUCCUUUCAGGUGUAUAAGUUCCUGUACGCCAAUCGUCUGUUGGACUGUGGGCUUUCAUCUCAGGCCUUUCAUUACUGUGAGGUGGUCGGACAGGCGAUCCUCAGGCAUCAGGAGCCUUUCUUUGUGCUGACUGGGGAGGUCAUCAAGCUGUCAGACAGACUGAGAUACUCAGAGGGUCAGUUCAGUGAAGCAGGGCUCCAUGGAGACGGACAAGAACCUGAUUGGCUGAAGCACCUACGUGCUAGGCACCACAGUUUACAGACUGGAACUUUUGACUCUACUGAAGCGUACCAGCCAGCUCCUGAGAAUACUGUUAUGUCACAUGAAAUGCCCUCAGAAUCAGAGUUAGAUGAUUUCAGCCAUGACAUUCAGAGUCCUGAGCCUGAACUCCUUUAUUAUAGAGGCCCUGAGGACCAAGAAAGCAUAUUACAUGAAGAUGGAGGAGACACUGAGGAAGUGGCAGUGACGUCAUGGGGCAUGGGAGCAGCUCAGGACUGGCCACAGGCCAACUGCCCGGCUACACCGGUAACAGUGGCCUAUACUCCCUCAGUGCCCACAGUGGCUCCAAGCCAGAAUUUCAGUUAUCAUAACACAGAUAGUGCUGAAGUCAGAAGUGCCUCACAACAUUGUCCUCCAAAUAAUCUGCCAGCAAUAGCAGAGGGGGCCAAAGCAUCCUCUGGAGCAGGGAUGAUGCACGGUCAGAUGAUUGAGACGAACUUCAGUCAGCCGGGACAAGUCGAGCAGAUUGUCCCUCAGGGAUUAAAAGCUUCUGAGGACACAACUGAGCCUCCUAAACAGCAAAACACAAAGAAAGGAUGGUUCAGUGGCUGGUUCAAGUCAAAACCUAAAGUGGUCCAAAAGGAGGCUGCAGAGCAGGGAGGCCCAGCUCACACAGAAUUUUCACCAUCUGCUGACGUCUGUCCUCCUCCCCCGCCUGCCAGUGUCCCUCCUGGCAUGUUUCCACCACAGUCUUCCACUGCUGGGAUUAAUCCAUUCUCAAGGAAAGCAGGCCAGCAGCUGGGUUAGAAACCGUGAGACUCACCUCUGUCACAGGAUCAUGCGUCUUGCACCAAAAGUGAGGAUAUCACAAUGUCACACCAUAUGUCGUGUACUGUAAGACGAAUACUGCUCACUAGUUCUUUUUUAGUAAUGCCCUUUAAAAUCCUACAGCUUGCAAACCAUCAUGUUCCUUGUUAGUUACAGGAAUACUCUGCAUCGACUUGGAUAUCAACUCAUAUUGCAGUGACAAAAACAGCUGAGGUGUAUGGUCUAAAAGCUGACUUAGGGGAAAUCACCAGCAGACGCAGUACAUAUCUUGGGAAAGGGAUAGCUUAACUCAGAGGAAUCACGCCAGCAACACUGCGGCUGAAGUUCUACUGUGGCAAAAAAUGUUGGUGUAACUGUGAUCACUAUGCCACGAUCAUCUGUGCUAUAUGCUGCAAUUAAAUAUCCAGCUAAAUAUAAGCAUGGGAAAUACUUAAAGAUAUACACACAUAUACCACUGCAGUUGCAUCGUGUUUUACAUUAUCUA